AUGAUCUUCGAACCUCAACAACGUGUGUUUAGCAGCCGAUCUGAAUCUGAAUCUGAAUCGAAAAUGUCCCAGACGAGAGAACCACCGACUCUCCGACACAGGAACAACCAUCUUCCUUACGACGUCGUACUGAACAUCCUGGGACAACUACGGGUGAAAUCAGUGAUGAGAUUAAGGUGUGUUUCCAAAUCCUUGUACUCCUCAAUCGCUAGUCCCGAUUUCAUCUCCACCCACCUUAACAACAUCAACAUCAACAACAACAACAUAAAUCAUGAUAAUGCUCAUGUCAUACACAUAGAGUCGGAGAGUACACGUGCCACUAACAGACAAGUCUGUAGGGUCGCUUUGGCCCGCACGUUUGAUAGGAUUUCUGAGAUUGGAGUUCCUUUUGAUUUUCCUACUAAGUGUGUCCAAGUAGUGGGUUCCUGUAAUGGCUUAUUGUGUCUCGCUGAUUAUCCACCCGGUAAUGUUGUCUAUUUGUGGAACCCCAGUAUUAGAAGAUUCAAGAAGCUGCCUCAUACUUGCUUAGGAUUGCUAAAACAUGUUACACUCGGAUUUGCUUAUUGUUCCGACAAUAAUGACUAUAAGGUUGUAAGGACUUCAGGUAGUUCUUUGUCCACGUCUGAGAUUGAGAUGUACUCGUUAAGUUCGGAUUCGUGGAAAAGGGUUGAAAUUUCGGUGACAACAGAUGUAAUUUUCUGUAAAAAUUUGGUUUCUCCAAUCCCAUUUGUUAGUGGGGCUUUACACUGGAUGGCAUCUGUUAAAGAAGAGAAUCGCAUGACGGAAACUGAUAUUAUGGCGUUUGAUGUCAAUAGUGAGAAAUUCAGAAAGCUAGCACUGCCUCAUGGUUCUAUCGAUGGACCACUCCUUCAAAGAUGUGUCGCAUCAUUCAGAGGGAAACUGGCUUUCUUUGAAGAAUCUGGCUUCCAGUACUCCAUAUGGGUGAUGGGAGACUAUGGUGUGGCUGAGUCUUGGAAUAAGCUUUUUGUUGUACCAUUUGAAAGGGUAUCUUGUUGGAUUUCCUUGACCGAUUAUGGUUCACUUAUGGUUUGGUACAGAAAUGAUCGAGCAGAGGGGCAGGGAUUUGAGCAUGCUUUAAUUGACAUUGAAACUUUACAAGAGAAGAAGGACCCCGAUAUCCAACAUCCUUCAUAUGUAGCGACUUUCAUGGAGAGUCUUGUUUUACUUGAUGGAACAAAUGUGGAAUCUUACUACCGGGUCGGUGGUUAG